AUGGUUGCUUUUGUCUGCUUCUUAUGCCCUGGGAUGUUUAACGCCCUCACUGGACUUGGCGGAGGCGGCCAAUUCAACCCAACGACUUCUGCAAAUUCAACUUGUGCGGUAUACGCGACAUAUGCGUUUUUCGCGUUCUUCUCCGGAACCGUCAAUAACAAGAUCGGCGCUAAGCGCACCCUGCUCUUUGGAACAUUGGGCGCAAUGAACAUUCACCCCGACGCUGGCUGGUUUGUUGUUACCUCGGGUGCCCUUCUCGGUGUCACUGCUGCGUUCCUGUGGACCGCUCAAGGCUCAAUGAUGUUAAGCUACUGUACUGAAGCGCAGAAGGGCAUCUUUAUCAGUAUAUUCUGGGCCAUUUUCAACAUGGGAGCAGUCGUAGGCGCUGCCGUGUCCUUCGGUCAAAAUAUCCACUCAACGGUAUUCAGCAAUGGAACAUAUGUCGGGAUCCUGGUUCUCACAAUACUUGGGGUGACAAUCCCUCUUCUGAUGGCCGAUCCCGACAAGAUGAUUCGCACGGACGGUACGAAGGUCGCGAUGCCUCGCCAUCCGUCCUGGAAGUCCGAAUUUUAUGGUCUAUGGGUCGCAAUCAUCACAGACCCCAUGAUCCUCCUGCUCUUCCCGAUGUUUUUUGCGAGUAAUUACUUUUACACGUGGCAAUUCAACGAUUACAACUCAGCACUGUUUAACAUCCGCGCAAGGUCUCUCAAUAACUUCAUGUACUGGUUCUCGCAGAUUAUUGGCAGUGGAAUGAUCGGUGUCAUCCUAGACUCCAAGAGGUUCCGGAGACGUGUGCGCGCGUUCACUGGGUGGGGUAUCCUACUGGCGAUGACAUUUGCAGUACACAUCUGGGCUUAUUAUUACCAACGGACGUACACUCGGGCUUCCGUUCCCCCGGACUCGCAGAAGAUGGAUAUUUACGACCCAAGAUACCCAGCGCAUGUCUGGCUCAUGAUAUUCUAUGGAUUGCUGGACGCAAUGUGGCAGACGACGAGCUUCUGGCUCAUCGGUGCCAUGAGCAAUGAUACGAACAAACUGGCUAUCUACUCUGGGUUUUACCACUCCAUUCAGAGCGCCGGAGCUGCUGUUGUGUGGCGGAUGGAUGCAAUUGGGGUUCCCUACAUGAACAUCUUCCUCUCUACGUGGUGCCUAGUUGUCGCUGGUCUUGUGUUCUGUUUCCCGAUGAUUUACCUGCGUAUCAGAGAUACAACUGUGCUCGAAGACGAAGGCUUAAUGCAGAGAGAUCAGGGGGUAGAUAGUAUGAAGGCGAAAGGGAUGAUCGAGAGCGAGAUCGAAAUAUCAUGA